AUUCCAUAACCUCAACUACCGAAACUGAUUGAUAGAGAGAGGGAGAGCGGAGAAACAGGAAUGGCGGAGACGUGGUUCAUCGUCGUCGUCUCCCUCUGCAUAGCCCUAUUGCUCAAAUCCUUCCUCAACCUAACCCUAUUAGCCUCUUCUUCUUCUUCUUCUAGUAAGAAGCUUCCUCCAGGUCCACCCUCUGUUCCGGUCAUCGGCGGCUUCCUACUGCUCCGCAAAUCAUUCUCGGAGCUCGAGCCCGCCCUCCUCCGCCUCCUUGACCAGUACGGCCCUAUCGUCACCCUCCGUAUCGGGUCCCGUCAAGCCAUCUUCAUCGGCGCCCACUCCACAGCCCACCGCGCCCUCGUCCAGAACGGCGCCAUCUUCUCCGACCGACCCAAGGCCCUCCCCACCAGCCGUCUUAUCACCAGCAACCAACACAACAUCAGUUCCGCGGCCUACGGCCCCACCUGGCGCCUCCUCCGCCGCAAUCUCACCUCCGAGAUCCUCCACCCGUCUCGCGUCAGAUCCUACUCCCGCGCCCGGAAAUGGGUGCUCUCCAUCCUCAUCCACCGCCUCCUCGACUCCGGCGGCGCCGCCGUAAAGGUGGUGGACCAUUUCCAGUACGCCAUGUUCUGUCUUCUAGUGCAGAUGUGCUUUGGGGACAAGCUGAACGAGAAGCAAAUCAACGAAAUCGAGGCCGUUCAACGCGACUUGCUGUUGAGUUUCGACCGUUUCAGGAUUCUCAAUUUCUGGCCCAGGUUAGGGAAGAUCGUGUUCCGCCGCCGCUGGAACGAGCUGAUUCGGAUUCGCCGGAAUCAGGACAUGGUUUUGAUUCCUCUCAUUAAAGCCCGACUCGAAGUCGUCCAACAACGACGACGGAAGAAGAAGAUGCUCAAGGCCGACGAAGAUCAUGAUGAACAGGAGAAGAAAACGCAAGAAGAUAAAGAAGAAGAGGGCGUGGUGGCAUAUGUGGACACGUUGGUGGAUCUGGAGCUGCCGGACGAGAAGAGGAAGCUCAACGACGACGAGAUGGUGAGCCUCUGCUCUGAGUUUCUCAACGCGGGCACCGACACCACCUCAACGGCCCUGCAGUGGAUCAUGGCCAACCUUGUCAAAUACUCCCACGUCCAAGCCAAGCUGUACGAGGAAAUUACGGCGAUUGUGGGGCCGCCGCCGCAACUGAAAACCAAGGAACUCGAUGCCGCCAUAAGAGAGGAUGAUCUCCAGAGGAUGCCGUACCUGAAAGCUGUGGUUUUGGAGGGGCUGAGGAGGCACCCUCCGAGCCACUUCCUGCUGCCGCACACGGUGACCGAGGACGUGGAGUUGGAGGGGUACAUGGUGCCAAAAAGCUCGAGGGUGAACUUCAUGGUGGCGGAGAUGGGUUGGGACCCCAAGGUUUGGGAGGAACCCAUGGAAUUCAAGCCGGAGAGGUUCCUUGAUGGGAAUGGGCAUGGGAUGAAUGAAGGAGUGGACAUAACAGGAAGCAGAGAGAUAACGAUGAUGCCAUUUGGGGCGGGGAGGAGGAUCUGUCCGGGAUUCGGGUUGGCUCUGCUUCACCUGGAGUUGUUCGUGGCCAACUUGAUCUGGUACUUGGAAUGGAAGGCCGUGGACGGCGACGAAGUUGAUCUAUCGGAGAAGCAAGAAUUCACCGUCGUCAUGAAGAACCCACUACGAGCGCACGUUUCUCCUAGAGUAGCCGUGGCCACCGCUAUUUGUUCUUAAUUAGUAGCCAUUCAGCUCAGUUUGGCAAUGCGUCGAACAGUUGGUCUGCAGUUCUAUUACAGCAAAUAACGGCCAAGAAAUCGAUAUAUUCUGCCAGUAGAAGACAGACAUGAUGCUGCAAGUAGUUUCCAUUAUCCAGCAAUUUGCAAGUAGUUUCCAUUAUCCAGCAAUUUGCAAGUAGCUUCCUAAAGAACACGUUAGGUAACAAAGUAUCUGGGAAGCAUUCAUGUUAAACUAUGCAUACAUAUAUAUAAUCCCCACGAUGCUUCCAUAUA